AUGGUAGAGGCAAAGGGGUUGUCACCCGACCACCCAAUGUAUGAUAGAGCAUCUUACAUGAAACUGAAUAUGUUGACCAUAUUAUGGCUUCUCGCAGAUGAGGAUCAAAAUAAGUCGAUAAAUCUGAGUGAAUGGUGCAUUUUCUGGGAUAAUUUUGCCGUCCAAUACAACAAGCAAAACUACACACCUUUUUGGUACAAAGAAUUCAUGGCAGUGACUUUUUUCAUAAUGGAUAAGAAUGGUGAUGAACUGAUAGAUGCUAGCGAUUUUGUUUCAUAUUACUGUGAAACACACAAACUUCCCCUGGAGAUAGUAAAAACUGCAUACAAGAAGAUUACCUCUGAUAGGUAUAACGUGUCAAAUACAAUAUCUUUCCGGGAUGGAGAAUCAGAAAUUAAUCUGGAUAUGUUCCAAGAGAUGAUGCUGGGGUUCACAGUUUCUAAGGAUAUGGGACACCCGGGAAAUAUUUUAGGAGAAAUGAUGGUCAAUGGCCGUUUAGAAAGGAUGGCGAAGAACAUGAAAGAUGAUCCCUUUUGGAUGUCUAAAAUGAGGCAUCAGUUUUACACGUGGUUUGAUUGUAGUCGAGAUGGAGUUAUUCAAAAGAAGGAUUUCGAAUAUAUAUUACAGGGGGUCGUACGUUCUAAGGGUUGGGCUCAUAGAAGUCCAUUGUGGAAGAGAGUCGAGGACAUGAAAAACAACUUCUGGGCGGAACUAAAAAGGGCUGGAGAUACGGACAAAGACGACCAGAUAACUAUAACCGAAUGGUGUGGCUUUUGGUCAGAUUUUGCAACGAAUUACAAUACUGAUGGGGAAUUACCUUUUUGGUACUCUGAAUUCCUCCAAGUAAAUUUUUGGCUUUAUGACACGAAUGGAGAUGGCUGGAUAGAUAGGGAUGAGUUUAUCGCGGCUUACAAUGGAAUGUAUGGCAUCCCCCUUAACAUAGUGGAAGCUACAUUCUCGAAUAUAACAAAGGAUGAAGAACUAAACUUGGAUAUCAACCUUUUCCGGGAGAUGAUGGUUGGAUUCACAGUUUCCACGGAUAUGAAAAAUCCUGGAAACAUUUUAGGAGAAAUGUUGGUCAGGCUAGUCGGUUAUGAAACUGAAUUUGAACGCACUGAGUUCUGGGAGGAAAAACAUCGACACGAGUUUUAUGUCUGGUUCGAUCAAAACAGAAAUGGAGUUGUUGAAAAAACGGAUUUUCAUAAACACGCUAUGAAUAUUAUUGCAUUGACUAAGUGGUCAGAGGGCAGUCCUAUGUGGGUAAGAUGUUUUGACACCAUGCGCGACCUUUGGAGGGAGCUCAAACGCAGUGCAGAUACAAACUAUGACAAAAAGGUGACAGUUGACGAAUGGCUUGAUUCUAUGGAGAAUAUGUGCAGGGAAAUUAAAGCAAAGACCAGGAAAAUACCUUAUUGGUAUAGUAGUUACCUCGACCUUUACUUUGAUGUGUUUGACAGUCUUGGGAACGGCGAUGGGUGGAUAACGAAAGACGAAUUCGUGUCAGCUUAUCGGCCAUUCAAAAUUCCAGAUGACGUAAUUGAAAAAUGCUUCGAUGAUAUGACAUAUGGUGGACGUAUUGCUAUGGAUCGCGAAUUCUGGAAUACGUGUAGCAUUCAGUUUUCAACCUCGACUGAUAUGAACUCUCCUGGAAAUAUUCUCGGCAAGAUGCUGAUAGGAAAAUAUAAUUAA